GGAUAAUUAAAUACGCGCCAACGCCGCGACACAAGCCCGAAGUGCGCGACCACAGUCUAACCUCUAUUUAAACACGAAACAUCUCAGCCAAUAAGUUAACAUUUCUCGAACCCUCGACGUCGAUUAACCGAACGUGUUCCUUCAGCUGCGUUUUAUUUCUACUUCUUCUUGCCCAAUUGGAUUUUUCACCUACUCCAAGAUGAUCGAGUUCAAAUACAAGAAAACCUCAAAAUUCCUAGUGAUGGGAAUAUCAGGAACGCUGAUGGCUUUAUGCGGAUUCUUGAUCUACUACUUCGAUCCACUCAAUGUCAUUAUUAAAGCUUUCGCAGUUCUUGCUCCGAACUCGAUACUCUUCAAAAUCUGGUCAAAACCGCCAUACGAGAUCAAUGUGAAUGUCUACAUAUUCAACAUCACAAAUUCCAAGGAGUUCCUGGAGAACGGCGAUAAGCUGCAGCUUGAGCAAAUCGGGCCGUACGUCUACCAAGAGAUCAUAACGAACACUGAUGGCCAUUUCAACGAUAACGGAACGAUCACAUUCGCACCAAAAAGACAUCUAGUAUUCAAACGCGAGUUGUCGGUUGGCGAUACCAAAGAAGACAGGAUCAUCGCCGCUAAUAUUCCACUACUGGGAAUAUCAUCGUCACUGAAGGAUAAAUCGUUUUUCGUAAACUUCGUUGUUGCUAAUAUCGCAACCGCUCUGGAUUCUCAGAUUUUCCUGGAAUUGACGAUUGAUGAGUAUCUGUGGGGAUACGAUGAUAAAUUGGUCGAUUUAGCCAACAAAGCUCUCCCUAAUUGGAUAAACUUUCCUCGAUUCGGGAUUAUGGAUAGGAUGAUGGCGCUGGAUAAUGCUUCGAAUGUGGUUACUAUUAAAACUAAAAGCGACGUACAGAUGAGGAAUUCUUAUCAAAGUGAAAGCGAGAGGGAAAUGCUGUAUACAAUCAGCGAAUUCAACGGAUCACCUGGCCUUCACCACUGGGGCUUCAAGGACGACGACUGGGAGAGCAACAGUAAGUGCAAUACUGUCGAAGGAGUUUUCGUGGAAGGAUUGUUCACACCUGAUAUGGAUCUGAAUAAUACUCUGAGAUUAUACAGAAGAGCGUUUUGUAGGCCAGUUGAUUUCCGAUUUGAAAAAAAAGAGGUGUUCAAAGGAUACGACGCGAACGUUUUCCGAGUGGAUCCUUUGUUCCUUGCCCGCCCUGAAGAGAAUCCCGACAACGCUUGUUAUUGCUACAAAGGGAAGUGUCCCAAGAAAGGCUUGAGUUACCUGACGCCCUGUUAUUACGACAUACCCGUAGCGAUCUCGCAGCCCCAUUACUUGAAUUCCGACCCCAGCCUCUCCGAGCAAGUAAUUGGUAUGGAGCCAAACGUGGAGCUGCACGAUUCCACGCUGAAAGUCCACUCGCAACUCGGGGUCCCUCUUGAAGCCAAGCUCAGGAUUCAAAUCAAUUUAGAGAUCGACACCAGAUUGAACAAUAGAUGCAAACCCAUGAAUGGACUUACUUUACCAUUAUUCUGGCUCGAACUCGACAUAGUGGACUUACCCACGCAGGUCGAUUGGAUCCUCUACAUGCUGUACAACAUAUUGCCAAUAUCUCAGAUAGUCUUAAUGUGGUUGUUCAUCCUCUUCGGACCUGCAUUAGUCGCGGCCGCAGCACUGAUAUCCUUCUACACACCACACAACCAUGGAUUAGAAGACCCUUACGCCAAUAGAAUAGGGUACAGUCCAAUCAGGAUCAUUCCCAUGACCGCUUAUUUGAAUGAGAACUUAAGGAUUAGUAAAUGAAGUGUUAGUUAGAAAUUAUUAUAUAUAUUUUUUUAUAUAGUGACAAUUAUAGUGAGCAAACCUUUAGUUCUUGAACAAUGCGACAAGACACAGACUGAUAUCUUUUUUAUUUUUCGAUUUUUUUUUUUGUAUUAGAAUAUAUAGUUUAAGUAUUUAUCAAUACGUACCAUUACUUUUGUUUUGUAAAUACUGUUUGUAGAGAAUG